CAGAAAAGAAAGUUUUUGGGGGGCCAGAGCAGCCCUCGGUGUCUCCAUGACUGCCUAUCCUCCUACAUUCAAUCGCUCUGUAGAAUGUUCAAAUUUAAUUUCCACCAAUCAUUAACUAAUUAAAAACCUGCCAAACCCCAGCUCAGCCACCAGUUCCAUCCCCGCCGUUCAUUCAUAAACCUACACACAGUCGGUUUACGGCUUUACGCACAUCCAUAAAUACAUUUCCCUGCCUGUCGCCGGCCGACCUACUUUCAGACGUAACGCCAAACACUUCUCUAACCUCGAAGCUCGACUCCAUCUUCUGCUCUAUAAUAACUUAUGUUGUCCGUUCAUCCCAAUCCGCCAACCGGCCAGGACCCGUAUUACUGCUUCUCCGGCGAUCCGAUGAAACCCGCCGCCCUCCCCGGCUUCCAUUCCGAUCAGCCGGUGACCGUCUCUAAUCAGUUUGAUGUCCAUGACGCUGAGGUUUCGCUCCCGGAUGACCCGAAUAGGAAGGUGCGCAAGCCUUAUACCAUCACCAAGUCCAGAGAGAGCUGGACUGAGCAGGAGCAUGACAAGUUUCUAGAAGCCCUCACUCUCUUCGACCGUGACUGGAAAAAGAUUGAAGCUUUUGUUGGGUCAAAGACAGUUAUCCAGAUACGUAGUCAUGCGCAGAAGUACUUUCUGAAGGUCCAAAAAAGUGGGGCAAGUGAACAUGUACCUCCCCCACGUCCAAAGCGAAAAGCAUCUCGUCCAUAUCCUCAAAAGGCUCCAAAAACUGGACCGCCAUCCACUCUAAGUGAACCUGGCUAUGUAACUAGGCCCGAUCCUUUGUGUGUGCCUGCUAGUUCAUUAGGAAGUGCAGCUUUAUCUCCUUGGAGUUACAGUAGUGUGCCUGGUUUUUGUACAUCACCCGUGACAAAAGAUGACAUACAGUUAGUGGGUGCAAGCUGUAGUAAUGAAAGCACUCCCAGAGUUUUGACUACUAAUGAAACAUGUGGUCAAGGAAAAGAGAAACAAAGCAAGGAAAACAGAGUAUUGCCGGAUUUUGCCCAAGUUUACAGUUUCAUAGGCAGUAUAUUUGAUCCAAACUCAAGUGAUCACAUGCAGAGAUUAAAACAGAUGGACUCCAUAAAUAUUGAGACGGCAGUGAUGUUGAUGAAGAAUCUUUCUAUCAAUUUAGUAAGCCCAGAGUUUGAAGAUGUUAGAAGGACGAUAGUGCAAGAAAAGCAUAAAAGUAAUUGCAGCUGCAGCUAUCCUCGGCUCUCUAGUGUGAUAGGGAAAUAGGUUUGGGUUCUUCCCAUCAUCUUCUUUCCCGUUUUUUAGUGCUUGGUAGGUUGGUCAAUAUGCAUCCAGACAAUAUACAUGUGGGGGCGACCAAGCAUUUUGGAGGUUUUGGGUGUGUCCUUAGAUUCGAUGCUUUUCUGUACAUAAAUACUCCGUAUAUGUGGAAACAGAGUUUUUGGUCCUAGAGUUUGGAUAAAAGUUAUUUAAACCAAUUUGUACAGGGUGCUGUGGUUGGUAUAUUACUCAAUGGAACGUUUCUAUAGACUAUAGUUAUGUACAAUAUCCUUGAACGUUUCUAAUACGGUAUUUUGCA